ACGCCGCCGCACCAGCAGCUGACGAGGCGAGCACCGAGCACACCUGCACACACCGCCGGCGCACACCUCACAGCGAUGAGGACGCAUCGACAUCGACUGGCCUCUGUGGCGAUGGUGGCCAUGUUGGCAGCCCUGGUGGGAUUCCCCUACGCCACGGCCAGACCGGAAGGCGGUGGCGCCGAGCAGCCCGAGGUAGCGACGGCCGACCCCGCCGACAAUGACGUGGACGGCGCCGGGCUGGGUGUGGACGUGGAGGAGACCGUGGCCGAGGUGCAGAGACGGCUCAAGGAGAACCCGCACCUGCCACGGCUCACGCCCGACGAGAUUAAGGGGCUCAUCCGCGAGAUCACCGCCAACGAGACGGGCCAGCCGGAGCAACCAGCGGACGACGCCAUCGCCACUACCGCCACUGCUGCCACCACAACCACCACGACCGCUAGCAGCAAUAGCGACACCAACAGCUCUGACCGCGGCGACCGCUCGCUGGUGCUGGUGAUGAGCCACAGUGCUGCCAACAUGAGCGGCGAGCGCCUGCAGUCUCUGUUCACGCAGCCACCAGUUACCAGGGUGGUGCCCGAUGAGCUGCUGCACCAGUCACCAGGGGCCCAGCAUCAGUACCAGCCACCAGCACCUCCGCGACCAGCUCAGGACAUCCAGAGGGUGACAGCUGGACCUGUCCGCAGCAGACCAGCUACCACUGUGCCACCCAACCACCGGCCAUCCUAUGAUGAGCCGGAGCACGUGCAGGGCCUCGAGUGGAAGGAGCAACUACCAGCCAAGCAGACUGAACGACCGCUGCUCUUCAACUUUUUUGAAGACGAUGACUUUACUGGCUCUACGAGACCACCCCUUGUACCAACCACUGAACCUCAGACAUCGACCACGAACAACAUACUUCUAGACCAACGGACGACACAAUAUCCAGAGACAACUGAAGAUGCUACAACCCAGAAUCAUGCUGCAGAAUACACGACAGAGGACAUCCAACGGCCCAUAAUCAAUAAGCCACCAAGCAAGCCGAAUAGAUUGAGUGGAUAUAAGAAUCAACAAAGACACUCGCCCUUGAGAGGAUCAAUGAGAAGAAAGAAACCAGUUCAGUCAAGCACCAGCCAAUACAGUUUUGGUGUUACAACAGAUCAGACCAGUAUUGACCAAACACCUUCAGAAAAUCAUUUUAGAUACAGGGAAACUUCAACACUGACUCCAACAACGACAGAUACAUGGAAUGAAGAUGCAAAGCGACAAAUUAACAUCACAGAAGAUGUAACAUCACAAACUGUGAGACCAGCUGUACCAGAGAACUUUGAAAUAACUGUUGGAAGUUAUAACACGAAACCAAGGAUUACAUUUCAGAAGGGGAAUCUGAAUGCAGAAUCGCCUGCAGCAGAUAUUAUUUAUAGUGAAGACUGGAGACCACCUCUUGCUAUCAAGCCACACAGUGAAGAGCCCAUUACCGAGGAGCUCUCUGGACACAUUAGACAGUCCCAGACUACCACUUCCAGGGCUAGUAGCAAUACCCAAAGACCUUUCCAGGCUGUUGAAGCACAGCCAUUUUACACUAGGAAAAAGCCAUCAUACAUCACUUCAGAAAGCAUCCUCACUACAGGAGGUCAACUUGAAGGAAAUUUGCCUUUCAUCACAAAUAAUGGGCCCAUUUCUCAUCAUGGUGGAGGCGAUGCCAGACCUCCAGGAAGACACCCUUAUACACCACAGGGAAGUGGACCAUCAUCAGCCUUAGCACUGGUGGACAGUGGCAGCCGACCAGUUUUGCUCGAGGUCAGUACCCACCCUACCCAACAUGGACACAGCCAGACAGAUGGUCCAGUGGACAGUAGGGUAGCCUCGACGCCGUCUUCAGGCCUUGUCCAGAGGCGACCUGGAACCUCCAGCGGCAAGCGGCGGCGGCCCAUCCACAGGAAGAGACCAGUGCCUCACGACUCAGCCAAUGUGGUGGCCACAGUCGAGGCGUCAUACAUACGGGACAGUGCAGCUCAAGGAGACAGUGUCAAGCCGUUCCGGCCGCUGGACCCCGGCGUGCUCGACAGCCUCGUUCCGCGGGCGCCCCUGAGCGGCGGCGCCCACCCACAGCCCACCACUACCACCGCCGCCCCGACCAUCGCCUCCACAGUGACGCCCGACCUGUCCGCGGCGGCGGACGCGCUUUCGCCGGCGGUGCGCGAACUGCUGCAAUCGCUGGGGCUGCUGGACCCGCCGCCCCAGCCGCCGCCCACCGCCGCCCACCCGCCAAUGGGCCCGCCGCCCCCGGACCCGGCGCCGUACCGCGCCUUCAAGCCGCUGCCGCAGUCGCGCUCCGAGCCCGAGGAGCAGGACAUGCGCCACCUGCUGCACCGCUUCGGACUGCUCGACCCGGCGCCGCCCACGCACGGCCGGCGCCGCCAGAAGACGCUCGCCCAGCCCCCUCAAUCUGCAGGCAACGAGAGGACUGGUGACGGCAGCGCCUCUGGCGGCAGCACGACUACCUCGUCGACCCCGCUGACGCUGGAAGCCAUAGACACGAGCAUGCUGACGGACGAGAUGCGCGCCGUGCUGCACAACCUGGGCAUCGUGCCCGGAACUGGCCGCGUCGACGAGCGGCCGACGACACAGCCGCCAGUGGCGUCCCACACCACUGUUUGGGAGCCGACGACUGACGGUGGGAAUGGCACCGACGACUCCACAGUCCGACAAGGGCCAGAGCAUGUGUUCAGCCCGACGUCCCUGAAGCAUUCGGAAGAGGAAACGGCAAGGCUGCAGGCGGUGCUGGACUCGGUUCGCCAGUUUGCCGCCACACACCUCAACGUGACGUACCCCGCCAAUGGCAGUGGCACCACUGAAGCGAUCCGGGACAGUAGGGGCCUCCAGCCGACCACCAGCGCAUCCCCACUGGCUGCGGGGCCAGACCCACUCUCAUUCGACGAGCUGUUGGCGGAGAUCAACAGCGAGGAGUCCAGGAAGAACGAGGUGAAGCGCCAACAGCCCACAGACACCGAUACCAACAGCACUGCUCCGACUGGCGCUCCAGCGAAGGAAACUGAAGAAGUCACCAAUCGCGCCAACCGCACCGCGGAGGACGAGGCGCGCGUGCAGGCACUCUCGGAGUCGUUCGGUGGAGACAUCGGCGGCGGCGACAUCGGCGACUCAGACUACGAUGAGAAGGAGGGUGGCGGUGAGCAGGCGGUCCAGAGGCCCAACGGGCUCUACUUCCUCUUCGACUGGAACUCCUUCCUCAGGGUCGGCGAGGAGGACAACCCGCGCGUCAACCUGCGCUUCUCACCCAGGGCGGGCAACCCACGGAACUUCCUCCCCAUCACCGUGCCCUAGGCCGAAUGGAUGGGACCAAGUCCAACAGACAACGUUCCAAACGGGUCCAGCUGCUCCUCUCAAAAAUGGACACUUGGGUGGGGAACACCCCAUUCGACAGGUGCCGCGUAUGACUGCUGCUCGCUAAGACUCGGCGGUAGGGCUGCGUCGGCAGGUCUUUCGCUGUGCACUGCGUGCUGAAUUACUGCCGACGCACCCGCCAUUUCCUAGCUUUUUUGUACUGUUUCCAAGCUCUGGACUGACACCGAGAGAGCAAGGAGUAUUUAUACUGAGUGGCCAAAAGUCGUGGAAAGGCACUGGAUGUGGUCUUCGGUCGUCGCCUGGCGAAGCCUAUGCGGUGCCUUUGUCUCCGUACAGUCCCGAUACAAAUGGAUUUCUGACGACCCACAUCCAUGUCACCAGCUACCUGACUCAUACCCGGCCGACUAUCACCCCAUGUGUGUCUGCACCGGCGACGCUCUUGUCUUCCAGAGCUGCAGUUUACAAACACCUAUAAUAUUUUUCUCGCGAUAUUGAACGGAAACCCUUUUGGCGUCAGGAACCCUAAUUCUUGUCUAAUUGUCCGAUUCAUUAGGAGGCAUGUAUUUUCCACCGAUUAGCAUUCUACGUUUAAAUUUCGAGAUGUGCCGCCAUGUUCGUCGCACACCUGUCUCUAACAGACUGCACGUCUACACUAGCGCCAUAUGCUGCAUCUAACAGUAACAUUAGGACUUCAUACAUGGGGCGUCCUCAGAUCUGACAACCUUUCUCCUGACUUUUCGCCACUCAGUUUAUUCAAAACUGCAGCCUAUUGCAACAGUAGUCACACAGCAAAGCACCAAACGCAGUGUUUAUGGAAAUCACUUGGUCUCCAUUGAAAUGCCAUCUGUUGGAUUUACAGGAAACUAUGAUGGUGAAAUUCCUCCGAAGGGGCUGACAGGGAACUGGCAAUUAGGUCGUGUGCAGUAUAUAACGGAACUACUGUUGGCUUUAGAGAAAAUGAUAAGGUGUGGUUCAAGUCUGCCAAUAGUGCUGCAAUCAAAUUUAUCUCAUAGAGAGAAACAAAUGCAUGUGUCAGAAUUUCCACAGGAGUCAAUCUGCAUCACUGAGAUGCUGUUGUCAACCGCACUCAGGGCUCAAGUCACUUUGGCCGCUGUGGCGGUCCACCACAUUUAAAUGGUUAUUACGUCAGCCAAUAAUUAUAAUAAGAUGGAUUACCGUGUGUUCGCGCUAAGGAGCUGCGCAGCGAACGAGGCCUUCCCAUCUCAUAUUGCAGUGAGAAGAACAGUUUGAAAGCCCCCUCCACUGUAAAGUACAGCCCCUAUGCCUGCGAUUUAUGCUUCAAAUCGAGCGUCUACAGCACUAAUUGCAGCAACCAUCUUUUCUUUUCUUUAGACCGCUACCACCACUCAUUUCAAUACAGAGAGACAACACGGCUACGUCAUUGUUUUGGAAACAGACAUUCCACAGUUAUUCUUGGAUUUUAUUUUACUUAUUUACCUUUCAGUCACUAUAACUAGUUAAGGUGUUGCAGCAUCAUUCUCAAGCAAUCCUUCCUGUUGUCAGGCUGAGAUCAGGUAUGACCGCUCGUCACAGCCAGCUGCUACUUCACACAGCAUUGUUUUAUUGCUAAGGUUGGUGGCGACUGGAGAUAAAAACACGAGCGUACCUAAGUCCCUACUUCUACAUCAACACUUUGCAAGCCACGUAGCGGCGUAUGGCGGCAGGUACUUCUGGUAACAUUAAUUGGUCCCCCUUCCUGACUAUUCCGAAUCAAAACUAGGAAACCGUGUGUGCAAGAUGAAGUCAACUCCCCUGACGACUGAUAAUGAUUGUAGUUUAGUGUUCACCAGCGUCCUUACUGAAACGUGCUAAGACAAAUGUGGCAAAAUUAUUAAAAAUAAAAAUGAAUCGCUCAUUUCUAAAAGGUCACAUGUUUAUACAGACUAGUUUCGAUAAAAAUUUAAAUAUGAGUUUUAAGACAGUUGGUCUGAGGGGUUUUUUUUUUUUUUGUCAGGAGUGAACAGCGACGAAUCUAUUCACCAACAAAAUAGUUUUUACAGUGCAAUACUUGAAUUAUGUGAAGUAAUGGUCUUUUAGCAAUGAUUUCGGAAACCGGUUGAUAACUCACUCAUUUAACUUUGUACAACCAGAAAUACGCACUGGAGUAUCAGAAGAACAUGUAUUAUGUGUUUACUAUGCAGAUGGCGUACCAUCGGCAUAUGUAACUGCAGCUGGUAUGUGCACUUCAUAUAAAAAUGUUUUGGUCUGAGACACUAGUCCUCUUCCACAAGGACUGUCAGGUUACUUUCACAACUGCACAUACUUAUAUGGAAUGUAUUUAAUAAACUUCUUGAAGACUACUCUUUCCUUAUGUUUUGCUGGAACACUUCCAUUGCAGAGACCGAGGAAAGGUCACGUGUUUUAUCACUGCAAAACGUAUCUCAAAGUGUGCUAUACAAGUCCACAAAUGAAGUCAAAGGUGGCUUCCACAUGCGAAUUGAGUUAUACACGAAUUCUGAAUAUUCUGCAUCACUCUCGGUGAUGAGAGUCCACUUUUCGUGCAGCAAUUCCACCAGUUGCAAACUAGUUUCCUCGAAGUUCGUCAUGUGCAUUACAAGUUUGUCAUUCUCGGUGGAAUUUACAAUGGCGCCUCUCCAAGAAAAGGACCUUCAUGUGCCCACACCAACUGCUAGAAGGAGCCAGUGUAGCGUAGUGGGAUUUACCUAUCCAUGAACCAGCCACGGCAUUAUGACGUCAUCCGAACGCUAUCCAAAGUGGACUGGCAGAGCAAAACUAAGCCACGGAGCUCACUUGGCAGAGAAAACAGCGCUGUUUCGUUUAUUCAUGGCCAAGAUCAAUAACUUGUCUAUUGUGAGCCUCUCUUCCAGUUGUAGUUAUUCUCAUGUUUAUUAAUUACUGUGACCCCACACACACUCUACCGUCGUAAUUAUUUACGCUGGCAGCAAUGCCUGCUGCGUUUCCUAGGUAACAAUUGCUGUUGUGUUUCCCGAAGUGAGAACCGAUGCUCUCUUUAGCGGAUCCAAUGUACACCUGACUGGCUACAAGAGAACGGAAGCCUUUCACUAUUUAAAUAUUUUGCGCAUUCUUAGUGUAUGUGAGUAUUGUGUUUACACUGUUUUUCGUCAGAAUUGUGCUAAUGCAAUUGGUAAAAGCCUCUGCUCUAGAACGUUAAUGUUACGUUCGAUUUGAAAUCGUCUAUUAAAAAAUAAUAUAUUAUCGGGCAUGACCUACUUAGUUUAUUCAAGUCUUUGUCUCCUUUUACAACAUAUGCAUCCCACACUCCUCUCCAUUAGCAAAUUAACUAUUGCUUGAUGCUUCAUGGCGUGUCCUAUCCCUUCUUUUAGUCAAGUUAUGCCACAACUUUCUUUUCUUGCAAAUCCUUUUAGCACCUUUUCAUUACUUAUUCGGAAUACUCAUCUAAUCUUCAGCAUUUUUCUGUAGCAGCACAUUUGAAAAUCUUCUAUUCGCUUAUCUCCAUGUUUCACUGCCGUAACCGACUACACUGGAAAAAAAACUUUCGUUAUACACCCUUUAAGAUUCAAAUUUUUAUUCGAUGUUAGCAAAUUUUUCUUACUCACGACGGUUUUUCUCGCUAUUGCCAAUCCCUAAAGUAUAUAGUUUAUAUUCUCUAUACUUCUGCCGUUGUCAGUUACUCUGCUGUCCAAAUAACAAAACGCAUCUACUACUUUCAGCGUCUCAUUUCCUACUCCAAUUCUCUCAAUACCACCAAACGUAGUUCGACAACACCCCAAUACCUUUGUGUUCAUGUUACGAUCCAUUUUAAAAACACUUAAGUUCGACUCAACGGUCAUUUUGUCAAGUCUUUCUGACAGUCAUCAGUAAUCCCAUAAAUGCCUUUGUAUCUUCUCUCAGAACUUUAAAAGCUUUUUCGAAAUUUCUGUUCCGUUUACAUUUUGUUCAAAUGCACAGACGAAUUGGUCUGGGUGAUGCGCAACAACAAACAAAAAAAUCAGUUAAAUGUGGCUUGUUGUUCUCUUAAAGAAGAUACACCAGUGAGCCAACAACCCUGAGUACAGACUAACAACCUCUACGAAGAUCUGUCAUGACACAGAAUCUUAAAACAACAAUCACGUUCGACUAAUUGUCGGAUCUACCACUGAUCAGUACGCAGCCACUUAUAGUGACUGCAGUGCCAUAUUCCAUUGCCGGUAAGUGCCACCUGCAAUCUGUGAAAAAGAGUAGGCAAAAACAGUGUUCGUCACUAAGUACAUGCACUCCUGCUACUAUCAUGUAUGCAGCUCUCCAGGAAAAUCGCUGAACCAGUAACAUUGUUAAUAUAUGUCGCUUCCAGAGGAACUAUUCACUGUAGAAGCAAAGGCCAAAGAAAAGUACCCCAGUAGUAAGUAAAUUGGCAUAUAAGGUGGUACACCACACUAAGAGAACUAUUAACUAAGAUGAUCAACUUACCAAUACAUCAAAUACAUCCACUCACCCACAUCGAAUAUCCAGUCGACCAGGCGGUUAUUACCCAGCUAACAAACAAAUGACCAUUCGUAAGGCCAACCACCUACCUUGCAAUGGGGAUGAAAUGUUAUCUGCCACCAAUAAGUUACCGAUUCAUUUACAACUCUAAUACUAUUCCUUCAGUUACCCAUAAAACUUGUGCAUAGCUUUUAUAAUAUGAUAAAAGAAGACGAAUCCGGAAAAGCUAAAUUUCGUGUUAGAACUCAUUUCCUACACCUUUUUCUAGGAUUUUGGAAAAUAUACUGAGUUCAAACACUAUGAAAUACCCCUAAGAAAACAAUCUACUAGUACAUAACAAGCACGGAUUCUGACAAUAUCGUUCUUGUAAAACACAAAUAGCUCUUAUUCACUCGAAGUAAUGAGUGCCAUUGAUAGGGAAUCUCACAUUGAUUCCAUAUUUCUAGAUAUACAGAAGGUCUUCGACACACUUCUUCCCAAGUGGCUUCUAACCAAAUUGCGUGCCUAUGGAGUUUCGCCUCAGUUGUACAUAUAUUAUAUAUGCCACAAAUUAACAGAAAGUCCUCUAAUGAAACAGAAGUGACAUCUGAGAUUUCCCAAGGAAAUGUUACUUGCCCUCUUUAGUUUCUAGUCUACGUAAAUGAUUCAGGAGACAAUCUCAGCAGCCCACUUCCAUUUUCUGCGCCAAGUACAGUCAUCAGAAGACCAAAACGAAUCCCAUUAGUAUUUAGACUGGUGUUUCCAUGGUAUGACAAGUGGCAAUUUAACCUUAACAAUACAAAACGUGAGUCCCUCUACAUAAGUACAAAAAUUUCGGUUGCACGAUGAAUCAUACAAAUUUAAAAGCUGUCGAUUUUAGUAAAUAUCUAUGAAUUACAACUACUAACAGCUUAAAUCGGAACCAUCACACAGAAACUCCUGGGGAAGGUAAACCAUAAACUGCAUUUUAUUGUCAAAACACCUAUAAGAAGCAAUAAAUCUACUAAAGAGGCUAUCUAAACUAUCCUUGUGCCUUCUGGAAUCCUGUUGCGUGGAAAUCGUUACUUGCCAGAUUUGACUGACCGAGAACAUCGAAAAAGUUCAAAGAAGCAAGAAAGGGUAGCUUGUUUCGUAUUCUCGCGAAAACUUAAUGUCACCAACUUGCUCCUCCGAAUGAGAACAUUUUGUUUGCUCCGUUCUACAUAAGAAGACAUGUCCAUCACAAUAAAAUAUGAUAAAAUCAAAGCUCGCACAGAAAGAUUUAGUUGUUCAUUUUUCCCUCGAGCUAUUCAAGAGUGGAGCGAUGGAGAAGCGAUCUCAAAGUGCUUCUGGAAAACGCCUGGCAAGUAGUUAAUUGUGAAUUACAGAGCAGUGACUUAGAUGUACAUCAUGGGAAACUCCAAAGAACAACGUACGACAUAAUACUCGAAUACCUUUCUUUGAAGAAGUCUUCAAAGUAUCUUACAGUAACAUGCAUCUACCAAGCAGCGAACUGAAUCUCCCGGUCGCAAUUAAGAAGCACGGCCUUGUUGUACGGUAGGUGUUAUCCAGUUUCCUUCGCCUGGCUACUGAUCUCACAGAAAUAGCCAACUGCUGGGUAACAUACCGUUUAACGUGAACUCCGAACCACGCCACAUCAGAUAUUGCACAUACGAAAAUGACUGACUUAAGUGAAAGACGCGAUACGUAAUAUCAUCGAUCGAGGACUGAAACAGUGACUUUUGGACGCCUAUCUUGUCACAUUCGGUUUCCCAGAACCACCGUAGUCCAAAUCCAGGCCGCCUCACGUAACCCUACCCCUUUUUUUUCUUAUUUCUCACCGAUCUAGCCACUCCGUCUCUCAACGAGAAGUUAAACCCUAAAACUUCCCCACAUGUUUUCUUCAUCUUUAACACAAUUUGCUAAACAUUUAUGAGUAGCAUCCACGUCUGUAGCUACACGAUUAAUCUGCAAUUCAUCCUGAAGUGCUUAGUAGAGAGUGCUACACAUCACUAUUUCUAUACCUUUCCCCCCUCUAACAGCGCGUUGGAACAACUGAACAUCUACUUCUCUCCGUGUGACCCCGGAUUUUCGUUAUCCUAUGUAGCUCAAACGCAACAAAAUAGUUUACGACUCUAAAGAGAAAGUUGUUGAUCGAAAUUUCAUGGAAUCAUUUCGCAAGCAUGAAAAAUGACUUGGCUAUAAUAACUGCCAUCCAAACUUGCUUAUUAUAUCCACGAUAGUCUGACCCAUCUUUCGCGACACCACAAAACAUGCUACCCUUUUUUGAACUUUUUCGAUGUCCUGUGUAGAUCACCCCUGCGCAGCAACAAAGAAGGGCACAUUUUAAAUGUUCUUACAAUAAAACGCAGUCUCUGAAUCACUAUCCCUACAACAUGUCGUAUAUGGUCGCUCCAAUUUAGGCUGCUCCUAACUCUAAUCCGUAGCAAGCUGACUCGACAACCUCAAAAUUUAUGUCGUUUAUCAUAUGCCAGUAAUGCAGUGGAAUUCCCUUAGUAUUCAUGUAGAGGGCAUCGCACUUCUGUUAUAAAAAAUCCACUACUCGCCCAAUUCAAGUCCUCGUCAAAAUUAUUUUGUAAUUCUUUUGAACUUCUGUUAAGUUGCACGGUAAACGACAGACUCAUCUACUAAAAAAAACCUAAGAUGGAUGCUCAUGUCUCCUAAAUCAUCUAUAUUGAUCAAGAACAAAGGUCCUAUCACACUUCCUUAGGGAAUACCGUAAAUAACCUAGGUCUCAGUAGGUAAGGUGCCAUCAAUUACUAUACAUUGCCACUUCCCUGAUGGCGAAUCACGACUCGAAUCGUAUAGCUGAGAAAACAUUCCGAAGGCGGAACAUUCGAUUAGAAGCCGCUUAUGAGGAAUGGUAUCAAAAACCUUCCAGAAAGUCUGGCGUUUAAUUUCUCCAACAGCCCUGGCUAACGACUUCUGCAUUCUUUCAGUUUAUGCCUUUAUAGGUCCCCAGGCAUCUGGCUUAAGAAAACGUAAAACAUGUCUUACAGAAAGCUCAUCCGACCGUGCGGCAAGUACCCCGAGGAUCAAUACGGCGAAAGUCGUCAAUUAUAAACAUCUCUAACUGCGGACGUUCAAGCGCGCUGCUACAGACCAAUCAAUAACAGCACAUCCCAACCUGUACCUCCUUGGCGGCAGCCCAAAAAACACGAUGUUUCUCGCUAUUCAACAGUACGAUCAGUAAACAGUGUACUCUAAAGCUAUCAGAAAUUAAUUAAGACAACAAUUCGAACCGGAACGACUGCGACGCUUAUGCUGGCGCUGUUUCGUCUAGUGAGCAAAUAUGAAAAAUCUACAUGAAUGCGCUUCGCGAUACACGAGGUAAAAGGGGAAAAAAAGGGAAAGAAAGUGUACGACAGGCGAUACCAACCCAGGCAGAGGUCAGGUCAGGCGAGAGAUUACGACCCAAUCACUGCAAAAGAACUUAGUCAAAGGUCUUUCAUAAAAUAUGUUUUAUAAUGUAUCUGACUGUGUCUGAGUUACUUUUACAAUAGAUUUUAUAAAUGAACCGUCGACCUUGCUUUCAUAAGAGUUUUGUCGAAGAUGUAACACGGGCCGAAGUUAAUGGCACACUUCUGAGUUCUGAAAGCCGGGUACACAGGGAUAUGCGAUGCGAAUGCAGCUACAAUGAACCAUAGUGCUGCCACGAUCCGGUCUUGCUGUUGACAGAUAAUAUCACUUUGCUAAAUAGUAAAGAUAAGUUGACGAGUUAACAAACACGUAUUUCAUCUUAAAAUACCCAUACAAAAAUCCUCUAAAUGUGACAUUAACAUCUGCAUUAUGAUAUAAACGAAAUAAUUAACAUAGCGACUAUCAAACUACAAAUGCACACACUAAUGCCGUAGUGCUAUUGUUAUACGCCAUUGAGGAGAUGAACUCAAUGUUCGCCAUGAGGAGCCAAGCACUGAAGUAACAGAACCUUGGAACCCCCGCCUGGAGACAGGGAUGAGUAACAAUCAUUUCUGUAUGUGGUACUGCUUCCCCAUUCUUUCUUAAAUUACUUCACCUACACCUCUCAGUAUUUCAAAUGAUUUCAUUCCAGCCUUAAUUUAGCCUUGUAUAUUGCCACCCCUACAUUUAUACACAUUAUGUCUACCCUAACAAUCUCCACCCCUCCCCCCCAAAUCUCUUCCACUGUCCCUUUUAAUACAUGUUAGUUAUUACAAUGUCCCAUAACAGUUUUCCCACAAAACUGUUUGCUAAAAUAUUCCUUUCUGCACUUCCACACUUCGUUCUUUACCUAUCCGUGCCAUUUUUAAUGUACUUCUAUGGUACCACAUUCCAAAUGCCUCCAGUCUCUUCUGUUGACUUCCCAUGGUGCACAUUUCACUGCAAUAAAUUUUACUUCUUUGGCAGUGAUUUUAGAAUAAAGGCAUUUUUCUUUCCUGGAAGUGCAACACACUUGACAAAUGCAUGUAACCCAAGUAUGUGAGCAUUUAUAGCACAGCAUCUUCACACAGAUAUACAUUUCUUAACAAAAAGUUAUCUGUGAGAGUACACACUGACCUCUACUCAUCACAAAUAUUUCCAUUGCAACAAUUGGUUUGGUGGAAUUGCAAUACAGUUUAGCAGAACAGUAACAAUUCCUGAAGAGGAAAGGUUGUCCACAGGUUAUCUUGGAAAUAAUCUCAAAAUUUACUCUGUAUGUUCUGGACUUAGAAGAUUUUGUGCUUAAAUGCUCAUUUCCAUCAGCAUCUCCCAUCAUUUCAUUUUCAAACUAUCCUUACCUUAUCAGUGUCUUCAGAAAUGUAACUUGUACUACAAGCUGAUACAAAGUUUUGUACAACAAACACCCAUAACUGACUAGCAAGUUGCACAAGUUAGUUGCAGAUUAAAUGUUGUAUUUUGUGAGAUCAGCAGUUUGCUGUCCUCUUUGUACAAGCAGAACCUGUCUGAAAAUCUAUAAGCUAAGUUCAUACAUACACAAUGACAGUUUAAUGGGGAAGGAAGGUGCAAGAAUCAUCCACAUUUCUACUUGAAAACCAACACUUUUGAUAAUAUUAACUUUUUUACUGUAAGCAUCGGGUGUUAUUUACUAACUACAGCCACACUAUCUCUUUUAAUACAGUUUUAAACAAACAUAUUGACAAACUGACGUGG